AUGGAGACCGCCAGGCAGCCAGAAGCUCCUGUGCCAGAGAUGGAGAUGAAGGAAAGGGAGGCCCCUGAUGCCCACUUCACAGUGGACAAGCAGAACAUCUCCCUCUGGCCUCAAGAGCCUCCUCCUAAGCCAGACCUAUCUCCAUUCCUGAGGAAACCUAUCAGCCUCCGUGUGGCCCUCAUCUGUCUGUCAUUGGUUCUGGUCAUCUCUAUUGUACUUCAAGCUGUUUUCUAUCCCAGGUUGAUGGACAAAAUAUUGGAUGUGACGAGUGAUGCUCAGAUAUUGAGAGGUCAUGUGGACAAUAUCAGCACCCUAGGUUCUGUUCUUGAGAAGGACAGAGGCAGUGUGGAGAAGGCUGAAGUUCAGAUGUGGAUCCUGAACACCAGCUUCUCCCGAAUGCGUUCUCAAAUCCUGUCUUUGCGGAUCAGCAUGAAGCAAGCCAGUGAUCAGAUCAGUGUGUUAACAAGAAACUGGGAAGAGGUUGAUAGUCUUAGUUCCAAAAUCCCUGAGCUGCAAAGAGAUCUGGAUAAAUCCAACACCUUGAAUGCAAAGAUCCAAGGACUGCAGAUCAGCUUGGAGAAUGUCAACAAGCUGCUCCAAAGACAGAGUGACAUUCUGGAGAUGAUGUCCCGAGGCUGGAAGUACUUCAGGGGGAACUUCUAUUACUUUUCUCAUACCCCAAAGACCUGGUACAGUGCAGAGCAGUCCUGCAUUUCUAGGGAUGCUCAUCUGACCUCAGUGACCUCAGAAUCAGAACAAGAGUUUCUCUACAAGUCAGCAGAUGGGCUUCCAUGUUGGAUUGGUCUCACCAAAGCAGGGAUUGAAGGGGACUGGUACUGGGUGGAUGGGACAUCAUUCAACAAGAAGCAAAGUGAGCGGUUCUGGAUUCCAGGUGAGCCCAACAAUACUGGGAACAAUGAACACUGUGCCAAUAUCAGAGUGUCCUCCUCUCGGGCCUGGAAUGAUUCUUCCUGUGACAAUAAGUUCCCUUUCAUCUGUAAGCGGUCCUACAGCCAGGCAAGCCCAUAACAGGACUGGUCCUGA